UUUUGUUAAAGCUGUGCAAUGUAUUUUGAUUGAAAAUUUGUUUUUUAAGAUUUACAGCUGCUCCUAAAUCUAUUUUUUCCUGUUUGAUCUCUGGUAGCACCUAUGGAGCUGGCCUGGUCUCUGGAAAGGCCAACCAAUUCCGUGGUUGAACAUUUGUUUUUUAAGAUAACAAAUGUUGUGUAGCAGAUUUCUGAUUUAAAUUGUGGGCAAUCUUUCAUCAUCAACAUUUCAGAUCAUAUUAUAUACUCUUUAUCUGCUCUUUAUGUUUUAUCCUAUCAUCAUAUGAUUCAAAUUGUUGAUGAUGAAAAACUGCACAGAGUUUAAGCCAGAAAUCUGCUACACAUCUCCAUGGACUGACUAUAUAACGUUAAUUAAACAAAUGCUUCUAAAUCUGAUAACAGUCAUGGAGCUGGCCUGUUUUUGGAAAACCUCACCAAUGAAAAGGCCAGUUCCAUGAUUGAAAAUUUGUUUUUUAAGUUCAUCAAAUACUCCUAAAUCUAUUUUUUCUCGUUUGAUUUCCGGUAAUAGCUGUGGAAUUGGGCUUCUCUCAGAAGAAGCUCACCAAUGAAAGGGCCAGCUCCAUGAUUGAACAUUUGUGUUUUUUAAGAUUUACAAAUGUGUCUAAAUCUAACUUUUCUGAUUUAACUUCUGAUAACAGCCAUGGAGCUAGCCUUAUCUCUGGAGAAGCUUUCGAUUGCUUUUCUGUAUUAAAAUUCUUAUUGUAUGAACUUGGCUGGGAAGGGGAUUAGAUUUAAGAGCAUGAAGUAUCUGCUAAUAUUGAAUGUAUGAGUGGCAUUUGAAGGGGAGUAUGUUAGAAACUUAGAGCAGUGUAGAAAUUUCAUUUGCCUUUUUCUUUUCUUUCAUAACUUCCAAUUGAUCUGCAGGGCUAAUAUUAUUUGUUGCAGCAAUUUAAAAAUGAUGAUGUACUCAAUUAGACCUAAGAAGGAUAUGUCUGAUGUAGAUUCUAUGCAAUUUUUCUUUCGUGUGACAAUGCUGAUUAUAUGAACUUGGGAGGGCCAGGGAAGGACUCAAUAUUCUUAUGUGGUUUACAUGGGAGGGCAUUUUAAAGAAAGAUUGACGCCUCAUCUGGCUGCAGAUUCUCAUUACGAAUUCCUGUCAUCUGUUUUGGGAAGCAAGGAAGCAGCCAAGGAGUCAAUCUUCUAUUCAUACUAUAAAACUCUCAAUGGGUUUGCUGCUAAACUCCAGGAAGAUCACGCUCUUGCUAUUUCAAAACUUCCAGGAGUAAUAUCCGUGGUUCCUAACAGUCUGCGAAAAUUGCAAACUACUCAUUCAUGGGGUUUCUUGGGCCUAGAAGAUGCCAAUCAGCAAAUCCCUCCGCAAUCACUCUGGAACAAAACAAAAUUUGGACAGGAUGUCAUUAUUGCUAAUUUGGAUUCAGGUGUGUGGCCUGAAUCUGAAAGCUUUAGCGACAAGGGUUUUGGCCCCAUCCCUUCACGCUGGAAGGGAAUCUGUCAAAAUAGCUUUGGAUUCACUUGCAACAGGAAGUUGAUUGGAGCGAGAUACUUUCACAAGGGAUUCGAAGCUGAAAAUGGGCCUCUUGACCUCUCUGAAGGAGGACAACAACUUUCGGCUCGAGACACGCAUGGGCAUGGAUCUCAUACUCUGUCCACAGCUGGUGGGAAUUUCGUGGAAAAAGCAAAUGUUUUUGGAUAUGGCCAAGGAAUUGCAAAGGGAGGGGCUCCUGCUGCCAGAGUUGCAGCCUACAAGGUUUGUUGGCAGCGGAACAGUAGCAGCACAGAUUCCAGAUGCUAUGAUGCAGACAUUCUUGCAGCAUUUGAUCAAGGGAUAUAUGAUGGAGUAGAUGUAUUCUCUAUUUCUCUUGGAGGUGUACAGGGUGCAUUACUAGCUCUUUCUGAUGCUAUUUCCAUUGGAUCACUCCAUGCUGUCCAAAAAGGAAGGGUGGUGGUUUGUUCUGCAGGAAACAGUGGUCCAAGUCCAGGCACAGUGAUGAACGUGGCUCCAUGGGUUAUAACUGUCGGAGCGAGUACUACAGAUAGACAAUUCACCUCAGUUUCUUUCUUGGGAAACAAGGAGAAUUAUACGGGACAAAGCUUAUCUCAGUUCCCCCUAGCAAAGAGACAAAUGUACCCUCUGGUAUCUUCAGUAGACGUUAGAAGUUCAGGUGUAAAUGAAUCUGCUGGGGUGUCAUGCUACCUUGGAGCUCUAGAUCCUCAAAAAGUCAAAGGUAAGAUUAUUGCCUGCCAAAUGGGUGGCAAUAAAAAUGUCGAGAAAGGUGAAGAAGUUCGCAGGGCAGGAGGGGUUGGCAUGAUUCUCUACAAUGAUCUUGGAGAAAGUGACAGCUUUCUCGCAAAUGCUCAUGUUAUUCCUGCAACUGAAUUGAAACAAGUUGAUGGAAUGAAAGUUCUUGAUUACAUCAAUUCUACAAAAUCCCCUGUUGCCUAUAUUUCUCCAGUAAAAACCACGUUCGAUACCACGUUCGAUUCAGAGCCAGCUCCAGUGAUGGCAAGCUUCACCUCUCUAGGUCCAACUAUUUCUAUGCCAGGCUUACUCAAGCCUGAUAUUGCAGCCCCAGGGGUGAACAUCCUUGCAGCAUGGUCAGGAGAAGCAUCCCCAACUAACUUUGCUUUUGAUCAUAGGAAGACUGACUUCAAUAUAAUAUCGGGAACAUCUAUGGCAUGCCCUCAUGUAGCUGGUAUUGCAGCAUUACUAAGGGCAGCAUAUCCUCAUUGGAGCCCAGCAGCCAUAAGUUCAGCCAUUAUGACUUCAGCUACCAUAAUGGACAAUACCAAGGGAGCUCAGAAUUCAUUGUGGAAUCCAGGUCCUUUUGCCUUCGGUGCAGGUCAUAUUAACCCAAAUAGAGCUGGAGAUCCUGGCCUAAUUUAUGAUAUGUCAAUGAAUGACUAUUUUACAGUCUUAUGCAAUUUAGGCUGGCAUUCAGACAUGUUGAAAAAUUUAACAGGCACAGCAUUCUCUUGCCCAGCAGAUGAUGCAUUAGACAACCUCAAUUAUCCUUCUAUUACUGCAUUAUCCGUAGAUGGACCUCGGACUGUGAAGAGAACUGUGACAUAUGUUUCAGAAGGACCAGAGACUUUUAAAGUAGAGGUGGAAUCUCCUCCUGAAGUGUCAAUGACAGUGAAACCAGACAGCCUUAACUUCACUAAGACAGGGGAAAAGAAAUCAUUUGAGGUGGUGUUCCAACCCAAGCCUGGUUUUGAUUCAACCUUUGGGUUUGGAUCUCUGACAUGGAAAAGUGCUAAGCAUGUUGCGAGAAGUCCUAUUGUCGUGUGUAGUGAUAUUUGUUUUUAAAUCAACUAGUCCUUGAAGACGAAACUACCCCUAGAACUUUGUUUCAGGUGGUAUUAAUAACAUUUUAAAUAGUAUUUUAAUAUAUCAUGCAAUUUUUAUUUAUUAUAAGACAUCAGUGUUAAAAUUUUACUUCU